AGGCCACUCUACUCUUUGGUGUUCACUUUCUUUUGUCUGGGGAGCCUGCUGAUCACUCUCAACCGGCACAUGUUCCUCUCCAACAAUGACAAACCUCCUGAGAUCUGUAAAGGCUGCAAGGAGAUCAUCGACAAAGUAAAAGAGUGUUACUCUCAAAACUGGAACAAGCAGGAGGACAAUUACACAAAGUUCAGAUCUGAGCUGAGCAGCAAGUGUAAUGGUUUUGAGAAGGCCAUCAUUACCCAGGCCAACACUCCAGUGGGAUCCAAGAUUGUGUACGACGGAGAAAAGACGAGGAGCCUCGAGGUGACCCCGGAGAUUUUCAGCAAUUUUCCAAAGGAGCAUCCACUCCCAAAUAAAACAUGGGACACAUGUGCUGUUGUUGGGAACGGAGGGAUCCUGACCCACAGCGGCUGUGGAAAGAUGAUCGAUUCAGCUCAGUUUGUUAUCAGGUGCAACCUUCCCCCUGUGGAAAAUGGCUAUGAGAAAGAUGUGGGCAACAAGACUGACCUCGUGACAGCAAACCCAAGCAUCCUCACGGAUAAGUACGGGGCACUACAGGGGAAUAGCCGUACAUUUGUGGAGAGCCUGAGAAUCUAUGGCGACUCCCUGCUUCUCCUUCCCACCUUCUCAUAUGGCCAUGUCACCUCUGUGUGCCAGCGGGCUGUCGACAGUAUAGAGGACUUUGAAAACCCCAUCCGACCUGUUUUCUUAAACCCUGACUACCUCCAGAAAUUGGCUGUCUUCUGGCGCUCCAAAGGCGUAAAAGCAUUGAGGCUCAGCACCGGCUUAAUGAUGACUAGCCUGGCACUGGAACUCUGUGCUAACGUGCACCUGUACGGGUUCUGGCCCUUCAGUAAUCACCCACAAGGACUCUAUGCCCUGACUAACCACUACUACAAUGAUGCAAAAGCUAAGGCAGGAGUUCAUGCCAUGUCGGCUGAGUUUAACCUCUUGUUGCAGCUGCACAGUCAGGGGGUGCUCAGGCUUCACCUGGAAGAUUGUUAGCCAGGUAAAUUGUAGUUCCAGGAACUAAUGGAAGCUGACGGGACAGGAAAUCUGUUUUUGUAGUCCAGUCUUUCAUAUACUUUUGAAUGGACAGAUUUAUCUCGGUUGAUGACACGGAUAAAAUGAGUCAAUACAUCGACAAGGAGGUAAAGAAGUUUGACUUUAGAAUAAAAUAUGUUUUUUGGAAUUCAAUAGGAGUCACUCUUCCGCAGCCGUCAUCGCCCCCUGCUGGAAUUUUCG